AUGGCAAGAUGGCUGCCACGCUCUGCCGACCUGACUCGCUUCUGCCAGAAACUCAGCCGGGUGAAGACCUUGGAGGAGGAUAUGAUGGAGACAUCCUUUAACAGAUGCCUUUCCACCAUUGACUUGACACUGCUGGGCAUCGGGGGCAUGGUGGGCUCUGGGCUGUACGUUCUCACAGGCACUGUGGCCAAGGAGAUCGCCGGCCCCGCCGUUAUUGUCUCCUUCAUCAUUGCCGGUUUUGCCUCACUCCUCGCUGCUCUCUGCUACGCUGAGUUUGGAGCCCGAGUACCAAAGACGGGCUCUGCCUAUAUGUUCACCUAUGUGUCUGUGGGUGAGAUCUGGGCCUUCCUCAUUGGCUGGAACGUGCUGCUGGAGUACAUGAUCGGGGGAGCAGCAGUGGCCAGGGCCUGGAGUGGCUACCUAGACUCCAUCUUCAACCACAAGAUAAAGAACUUCACUGAGACCCAUGUGGGUGCAUGGCAGGUGCCAUUCCUGGCCCGCUACCCCGACUUCCUGGCUGCUGCCAUCCUGCUGGUAGCCACCACCUUCAUUUCCUUUGGGGCCAAAGUGUCCUCCUGGCUCAACCAUGUCUUCUCAGCCAUCAGCAUGGGUGUCAUACUCUUCAUUCUUAUCAUGGGCUUCAUCCUCGCGCAGCCCAAGAACUGGAGUGCCCAGGAGGGUGGCUUCGCCCCAUAUGGGCUGUCGGGCAUCAUGGCAGGCACAGCCACCUCCACCUGUUUCUAUGCCUUUGUCGGCUUUGAUGUCAUCGCAGCCUCUAGUGAAGAGGCCAGGAACCCACAGCAAGCUGUCCCCAGGGCCAUCGCUUUCUCCUUGGGGCUGGCCACUGGGGCUUACAUCCUGGUGUCAGUGGUGCUGACACUGAUGGUGCCCUGGCACACACUGGAUCCCGACUCUGCCCUGGCAGAUGCAUUUUACAGGAGAGGCUACACCUGGGCAGGGUUCCUGGUGGCUACAGGCUCCAUCUGCGCAAUGAACACAGUCCUGCUGAGCAACCUCUUUUCCCUGCCGCGCAUCGUCUACGCCAUGGCUGAGGAUGGGCUCUUCUUCCAGGUCUUCUCCCGAGUGCAUCCCCGCACGCAGGUGCCUGUCAUCGGCAUAGUGGUCUUUGGGCUGCUGAUGGCCCUGUUGGCCCUUGUCUUCGAUCUGGAGGCCCUGGUGCAAUUCCUGUCCAUCGGCACGCUGCUGGCCUAUACCUUUGUGGCCGCCAGCAUCAUCGUCCUGCGCUUCCAGCAGCAGAAGCUGGAGCCCCGUGAGCCAGCGGCAGGGGGCCGGCCGAGCCCCGAGGCCCGCGAGGGUCCAUCUGCUGGUGAGUUGAAGGAGUACGAGUCCUUCUCUGACAAGCUCCAGCUGGUGGACAGGGACAAGAGCAAAGAGCACCGGGAGCCAGGGCAGUUGAAGGCAGCUUUUGAGCCCUACCUGGAAUUCCUCAGCGACUUCUACCCAGGUGAGGUGGUCACAGUGGCUGUGGUGACCCUGAUGGUGUCUGCCAUCUGUCUCUGCUCCAUCUUGGUGUUUGGCAACACACACCUUCACCUGCCCACCUGGAGCUACUCCCUGCUGCUGGUCCUCUUCAGCCUGGUAUUUCUGCUCAGCCUCCUCCUCAUCUGGGCGCAUGAGCAGCAGCGGAGCACACAGACCUUCCAGAUCCCCCUGGUACCCCUCUCCCCAGCGCUGAGCAUCGUCCUCAAUAUCUAUCUGAUGCUGAAGCUCAGCUACAUGACGUGGCUCCGCUUCGCCAUCUGGCUGCUCUUAGGACAUGAAAAAAUGGCACAUACCCUCGAGCCUCUCAUCCCCUCGUCUCUCUACGACGUGCCAGUGGUCAGGCCCACAGCCGGGGUGCUGAGCACGGGGGUGGCCAAGAAAGCCACCAGCAUCCUGGCUGGGGUCAGGAAAUCCUGGGGACAGUUCUGGGCUCCUCAUGACAAGAAGGACAUUGAGGGACUGGAGCGCGUCCAGAGAAGGGCAACGGAGCUGGGGAAGGGGCUGGAGCUUGAGUCUGACAUUGAGCUGCUGAGGGAGCUGGGGGGAGAAAACGUGCUCUUCCUGGUGACCAAUUUCAUUGCCACCGCCAAGCAAGCCCAGGGCACCUGUCCCGAGAGCCCCUCUGUUCUCGAUGCAACGUGCACAGAAGAUGCAGACUGUCCUGUGGGAAACACAGUGGUUCAUGGCAAUGGGAUAAAAACUGGGAAAUGUGUGAUGUUCAAUGCUUCCCAUUCCACCUGUGAGAUCUAUGGCUGGUGUCCUGUGGAGAACAGCACCCUGCCCAGGUGCAAUACGUUGCAAACCAAUGACCCCAUCUAUUUCAAGACCUGCACGUAUGAUCCAAUCUUCCACCCUUCCUGCCCUGUCUUCCGUGUCCGUGACAUGGUGGAGGCGGCUGGAGAGACCUUUGGAGACCUUGCUCUGCUGGGGGGCAGCAUCGGAGUUCGCAUCAGGUGGGACUGUGACCUGGAUUGCUCUGCUGCUCAGUGCCUGCCUCAGUACUCCUUCAGCCUGCAGAAUAGGAAGUACAAUUUCAGAACUGCCUCCUACUACUGGGACUCCCAGCGGCAGCUCUACAGGAACCUGCUGAAGCUCUACGGCAUUCGCUUUGACAUCUCCGUGCACGGCCAGGCUGGGAAGUUCAGCAUAAUUCCUACUGCUGUGAGCUUUGGCACCGGCAUCGCCUUCUUUGGUGCUGCCACGGUGAUCUGUGACCUGGUUCUACUCUACCUGGACACAAAGGCUGACUUGUAUUGGAAGGAGAAGUUUGAGGAGGCAAAACCCCCUGAAGGGCUGUCAGCCUGGUGCAGGGCCUGGACCAACCAGAUCCAUGCCUGUGGAGUGCUCUGA